CAAUCCAUCCCUCAUAUCGACAACUGCUGGUACAGUUGAUUUUUGUCAUUUGGUAUUGAGUCUCCGUUUGCGGUUGGCCAUAACACCUCUGCGAAAAUGGUCCUUCUCCGUCCUCUCUUGACAGCAGCUGCUCUACUGGGUGCAUCUGUCCAAGCCCAAAGUGUGGUCGGCACUGCGUUUGGCUUCGCUAGCGAGACUACCGGUGGUGGUAACGCCGCUCCUGCGGCACCCAAGGACACAAAUGAGCUCAAGGAAUGGCUGUCUGACUCUACCCCCCGAGUGAUCGUGAUCGAUAAGGAGUUCAACUUCAUCGGUACCGAGGAUACUUGUACCGACUGCGAAUGCUGUAUCCCGGAUUCCAACACCUGCGGCGAUGCUGGCCAGAACGCAAUCAAAACCGAGGGUUCUGACUGGUGUGGUUCCUACCCAGCUACGAAGUGCACAUACGACAAUGCUGGCCUUGAGGGUUUGGAGGUUGCCUCUGACAAGAGCAUCAUCGGUGUUGGAGACGCUGGUGUGAUCCGUGGUAAGGGUCUGAGGCUGGUCAACGGUGUCAGCAACAUCAUCAUCCAGAACAUUCACAUCACUGAGCUGAAUCCCCAGUACAUCUGGGGUGGUGAUGCUAUUUCGCUGGACGGCACGGACAAGAUUUGGAUCGACCAUGUCAAGGUCUCCCUGGUUGGCCGCCAGAUGUUUGUAACCGGCUACGAGUCUAGUGGUAGUGUCACUGUUUCCAACAGUGAGUUUGAUGGUCAGACGAAGUGGUCUGCCUCAUGCGAUGGGCACCACUACUGGUCUGUCCUCGGCUAUGGCAAGGGCGACCAAAUCACUUUUGCUAACAACUACGUGCACCACACCUCUGGCCGUUCUCCUAAGAUCGAGUUCGACAGCCACUGGCACGCAUACAACAACUUCUGGGAGAACAACAGCGGUCACGCCUUCGACAUCGGUGAGGGGGCUAAUGUGCUUAUUGAGGGCAACGUUUUCUCCAACGUCAAGACCCCUAUGAACCCUGAAGAUAAGCCAGGCUCCACCUUUGCCGCGACCGUUGAGGACGCGUCUUCCUGCACCUCUGCGCUAGGCCGUCCUUGCAUCGCUAAUGAGCUGACCAGUUCCGGCGAACUGUCUGGCAAUGACGAAGCGGUUCUCUCCGGCUGGCCUACAGGCGAAGGCGAUACUAAGGCUAUGACCACAGAUAAGGUGCCUUCAUAUGUCAAGGCCAACGCGGGUGUCGGCAAGUUGGGUGCUGGUAGUGGCAGUACUGGCGGUGCUUCCAGCAGCGCCGGUGUUACUCCUACCCCUAGCUCGAGCGCGAUUCCAUCUUCUAGUGCGACUCCAUCCUCGUCGGCUUACGCCAGGCGCCAUUACGCCCGCCGCCAUCAUUACUAGGUAAAGAUGAUCCCAACCUUCGAAUGGUUCGCGUAGGGAAUCGCUAACCUUAUGGGCCCAGGGCGUCUUCAAGGUCUCUCAACAUACUCAUUAGCGCAUCGAGCGACCCCGAAACAACCGUAGGGAUGGUGUCGAUCGCAUCGAGCCGUGUCUUUGUAUAUCGCCCAGUCUGUUGCGCUGUAAGGGCUGUCGGCCAACGUGUUACUAUUACUAUUGAGAAUUUGGAACUCAGCCGAACGCACGGAUUGAUGGCUGUAUUUGUC